UAAAAAUUAUGGUGUUUCACUAAAUGAACUAAGUGCCUUUAGAUUUGAAAACUAUCUUCAAAAGUUAAAGAAAUUUGUGAAGAAAGCACAAAAUCCUAUUGCUCAAGUUGCUAAACGGUUGUUUGAACUGGAAAGAACUACUGUCAAACCAUGGAUGAAUGUUUCAACAACCUAUCUUUCCACAAAAAGAAAAGACAGUUGUUUACUUUUAAAAGAUCAGUCGUUUGCAUUUUUGCAAGAAAAAAGAGAAAAUGGAGAAUUGAUAUGCAAAGUUGUUUCACAACAGAGACUGGAAAAUUUAUUUAUUAAUCCAUGUGAAUCCAAAUUAAUAAAUGUUGCCGUUGUGAAAAACACAACAUUGCAGAGGCAUGGACGGGAAAAAAUAAUCAGAAAGCAUGACAUAGAUAGAAAAGUUGCAUGUUUGCCUUAUGAUGGGAAAUAUGUGCUGUUUCCUUUGCUGCAUGGAAUUGAAAGGCAAUAUUAGGAUAAGAUGGACAAGAAGUGGGUAAGAGCUGUGUGGAGAGAGGAUAAAAAAGAGAUGGAGCUUGCCAUACCCAGUGUAUGGGUUGAAGGAAAUCGCAUAAGAUGGCCAAAUACAUCAAAUGCAAAAUCUGCACUCAAAGAAUGCAAGAAACCUGCUGACAAAUGGCUUUCAUUUGAUCUGAUAAAGAUCAAGUUUUCAUCAGACGACUAUCGAGAAUGUGAGGACUAUGAUGAGACGACAGCGGUGGAAUCUGAGUGUGACUCAGAACCAGUCAUGAAAAGGAAACCAAAAAAGAAGGUCAUGAGUGACUUUAUUAUGGAUUCUGCUGAAGACAAUUCAUCAAUAAAAAUGCAGAAGAAGUUACCUGUAGCAGCACCAGUUAUGCCGCCAAAACCACCCCAAAAAAUCUCUUCUAAAAAAAACCAAGACCAGUCAUCACUUCAGUCGUCCAGGUCUCGAUCACCUUCACCUUCUACUAGAGAUGAAAUGGAAACCAGACGUAGCAGGUCUAUUACACCAAGCAAGUCCUGGGCUAGUUCAAACAGUCGGGAGAGCUCGAUGAAUAGGUCGAUGUCACCAAGAAGUCCCAUUCGCUCAACACAAAGGUCCAGAAUUUCAACAUCCAGAAGUCCAAUUCGCUCAACACAAAGGUCCAGAAUUUCAACAUCCAGAAGUCCAAUUCGCUCAACACAAAGGCCCAGAAUUUCAACAUCCAGAAGUCCAAUUCGCUCAACACAAAGGCCCAGAAUUUCAACAUCCAGAAGUCCAAUUCGCUCAACACAAAGGCCCAGAAUUUCAACAUCCAGAAGUCCAAUUCGCUCAACACAAAGGUCCAGAAUUUCAACAUCCAGAAGUCCAAUUCGCUCAACACAAAGGCCCAGAAUUUCAACAUCCAGAAGUCCAAUUCGCUCAACACAAAGGCCAAGAAUUUCAACAUCCAGAAGUCCAAUUCGCUCAACACAAAGGUCACGAAUCUCAAGGUCCAGGAGUCCUGUUCACUCUUUGAACAGCUCAAGAUUUUCAAGAUCAAAAAGCAGCAACAGGCAUCACAAUAGGUCAAGGCACUCUAUGUCACAAAGCAGUGAAAGGUCAACCCUGCAAAGAGAAAGCCCAAAAAGACUUAACAAAGGAUCUGAACAUUCCAGGAGCUAUGAUAGGCCUUGUAGCAGGUUAAGUGUAGAGAGCACCCCAACACUUCCAUCUCUUUCUAAGCGAAAGCAGAAUCAGUCCUCAACAGACUCCUUUCCCAUGACCGAAGAAAGAUUUCAGAGAAGAGUCCUCUACCUUCUUGUUGAAAUAAGAGACCUUCUUAAGAGUCCAGUAACAACAGCUUCAAAUACAGAAGACGUUGAUCUUGUUACCAUAGACUCAGAAGAAGGAUUUGAAGCCUUAGACAGAAGACUUGAAAACAGGGACUUUAAAGCCAGCUUUAAAUUCUUGCUUCAAAAGAUUGGAGGUACAGAUGGUACUGACCACAUGAAGAAAGCAAUGUUAAGAACUAUGACAAACUCGUACAUGGCUGGUCUAAACAUGAAGGGAAAACGGGGAAAGAAAGCUUUUGGUUCCUCCCAACUCUACCUCCUUAUAAAAGAAACUGUAUUGACAUCUCAUACACAGUAUACAGAAUCAAAAUUCAAUGAAGAUUUGGCUAAAUUACUAAAAUAUGCCCCGGAGCGUGUGGGAGGAGGUGGAAGAAGGAGAAGAGAUUGACUGUUUUUCACGUUCACUUGACCAGAACUAAUGAUUUUACUCUUUUUCAUCUUCUUAAACUAAUGUUUUUGUGAAAAGCUGGCUACAGAUGUGAGCUAGGUUAUCCAUCAGUGAUUUUAAGUGAUACUUUCAAUUUAUUUAACUGUUUCUCUCUUGAAUAAAUUGAUUAAUGAUA